AUGGUUUUAUGGUAUAAGAAUGGAAAUGAGUAUAACUACAAUUUCCAGACAGUUUCACUAGCAAUAUACAACAAAUAUCCUAAUCCGUUUUCCACACAUGUAUUGUCAGUUGAUACAAUAGAAAAUCGAAUUGAUAGUGAGGGAAACCUACACAGGACGAGGUUGAUAAUGAAAGAAGGGAGAUUGCCAAUAUGGGCGAAACCAUUUUUGAAAAACAUCAACAGAUCAUGGAUUAUUGAAAAGAGUAUAGUCAAUCCCCAAAAGAAAAUAAUGAAGUUAUAUACAAGAAACCUUGACCAUACCAGAAUAUUAAAGAUUGAGGAGUAUUCCAAAUACUACUUUGAUAGCAUAAUCAAGAAAACCAUAGUUAAAAGCCAGGUCAAGUUUAGUUCUACAUUCAAAGGGCUAGGAAUCAAAGAUCGAAUUGAAAAAUGGUCACAUAAAAGAUUUGAUGAUAAUAUUAAGAAAAGCAGUAAUGGGUUGUUGUAUGUGUUGAAGCAAUUGGAUGAAAAGACAAAGAAGUGGAAGGAGAAUUAUAAAAUAAGCAACACGACCCAAAUCCAGUAA